GGAGGAGGAUGAUGAGGAUGAAGAUGAGGAGGAGGACGGGAAGGAUGAGGAUGUAGGUGAUACUGAUGAUACUGAUGCUAAGACGGCAGCGGUGGCAAGGAGGAUGGAGGCACCCCUGGUAAGCCUGGAGGAGGAGUUUGAAGAGGGGCCUGGGGACAAUGGGGGGGUCCCCCGGCGCACCAUGGACCCAGCACUGGCUGAGCUGGAGAGCUUCUCGACCGAGAUGAUGAGCUUCAAAUCGAUGGAGGACCUGGUGCAGGAGUUCGAUGAGAAGCUCACCGUCUGCUUCCGCAACUACGAUGCCACCACUGAGGGCCUGGCCCCUGUGAGAGGCCGGCUGCAGGCACAGGAGGAGGAGGAGCACCUCCAGGAUGAGGAAGUCUGGGAUGCCCUCACUGAUGGCUUCGUCCCCCGGGGCUCCCCCCGGCCCUGGAUGCACCCUGAGGCUGAGGCCCCCGAUGGCACCGAUCCCCAGCUUUGUGAGAAGGAAGAUGAAGAGCUUGCUGAGAGAAGCGAGCAUGACUCAGGCAUCAAUGAAGAACCACUGCUGACAGCUGAACAGGUCAUCGAGGAGCUGGAGGAGCUGAUGCAGAGUUCGCCUGACCCUGAGGCGGAUCCUGAGGGCGAUGAGGAUGAGGAGGAGGAAGAAGAUGAGGAAGAGGAUGCUGAGGCCAAUGCAGAGGGUGACAGUGGAAGCCGGGGCAUGGAGCCCAUCGUUCUGCAUGAGCUGCACACCUUCUCCCCCACCUUCAACAACAACUGCUCCCAUGAAGGGCUGGAGCAGCUGACGGCUGGGGAGCUGGCAGCGGCAGCAGGGCGUGCGGAGGCAGCGAGCCGGGCACUGUCGGCUGAGCUGGUGGCCCAGCUGGCACGGCGGGAUGAGCUGGCCUUUGAGAAGGAGGUGAAGACGGCGUUUAUUGGGGCUCUGCUGGCCGUGCAGGGGGAGCAGCGGGAGCAGCGGGAGGCCGCACGCCGCCGCCGCCGCGACCGUGGGCUCAGCCUGCAAGGAGGUCGUCCCGAGCGUGGGGGACACAUGCCCAGAAAGCGGUUCAGCAUGGAGGGCAUCUCCAGCAUCCUGCACUCCGGCCUGCGUCAGACCUUUGGCCCCGCUGCGAACGAGAAGCAGUAUCUGAACACAGUGAUUCCCUAUGAGAAGAAGGGUUCGCCGCCCUCCGUUGAGGAUCUGCAGAUGCUCACCAACAUCCUGUUUGCCAUGAAGGAGGGGAAUGAGAAGGUGCCCACGCUGCUGACAGACUACAUCCUCAAAGUGCUCUGCCCAACCUGAUGCAGUGCAGCCCUGCACCCCCAAACUCCGGCGCCCCCAGAAACGGGGCCAGACACAUGGAAACAGGUCACCUGCACCUCCCCCACCCAAAUCCCCCCAAACCUUUGCACAGCUGGGAAAUAAAUAAUUUGUUUCAUUAAUUAA